CCGCACCAGUGGGUGGCGGUAAUACACCAUGUUUUUGUUUGCCAACUUCCAUCAAACGUGCUAAAGAGCAGUGACUGUAAGCAGUGAGAGCAUCUUCGCUACAAUGUGCCAUGGAGAAUCUGCGGGUGCUCGAGCUUUACAGUGGGAUAGGAGGGAUGCAUUAUGCUUUACAUGAGAGUGGCAUACCUGGCCAGGUGGUGGCUGCUGUCGACAUAAACACCACAGCCAAUCAGAUCUACGGGCAUAAUUUCCCUGACACCCCCCUCUGGAACAAGACCAUUGAGGGGAUAACGCUAGAUGACUUCAAUAAAUUAUCUUUUGACAUGAUUUUGAUGAGCCCUCCUUGCCAGCCUUUCACCAGGAUAGGACUUCAGGGUGACGUUCGUGACCCUAGAACCAAGAGCUUCCUCUACAUCCUCAGUCUUUUGCCAAGGCUAAGCAAGCUGCCCCGCUUCAUCCUACUGGAGAACGUGAAAGGCUUUGAGUGCUCCUCUGCCAGGGAACUUUUGGUGAAAACACUGGUGGAAUGCGGAUAUACUUUCCAAGAGAUAAUGGUCUCACCCACAAGUGUUGGGAUCCCAAAUUCAAGACUGCGUUAUUUCCUGAUUGCUAAGAUUGCAACAGAAAACCUGUGCACCCUGACAAGUUCAAAGAUUUUAGAUGCCUUCCCACAUUCUUCUGAGAGUGAUUCCUCCGAGCAGCCCACAGUGUUGAGUCCUACCCGCCCAGGUACCUGCCAGCCAGAAGAGGAAAAGCAGGAGAGUCCUGUCCUGUAUAAACUAGAGACAACAACUGAUGCACAGAGGAAGAAGAUUCAGAACAGCAAUCUGUCUGUGAGGCAGAUCCAAGAGUUCCUGGAACCACAGGAUGAAGUAGACCUGGAACAUUAUCUCCUUCCUCCGAAAAUACUGCUGCGAUAUGCUCUACUCUUAGACAUUGUUCAGCCCACAUGUAGGAGGUCUGUCUGCUUUACCAAAGGCUAUGGACGAUAUGUGGAGGGAACCGGCUCAGUGCUUCAGUGCUGUAUGGAAACAGAGAUGGAGAGUGUGUUUACUGGUCUGGACCAGCACUCUGAAGAAGAAAAACUCCAGCAGCUGUUAAAACUGAAGCUCCGUUAUUUUACUCCUAGAGAAGUUGCCAACCUCAUGGGUUUCCCUCAGAGCUUCUCCUUUCCUGGGAAAAUCUCUACCAAGCAACAGUACAAAGUUCUAGGAAACAGCCUGAAUGUUGUGGUGGUGGCCAGACUCUUACAACUGCUGGUCUCUUAGCACUCGGAUGAUGUCUCUGGAAGAGGAAACCAUUUUAUUUGUCGUUGUGGAUUGUAUCACAGAUUGCUCUCUGUCCAGUGGUUGUGUUUGCUGGGGAUGUUAGCAAAAAUACCUCAGUGACAUCACCAUUGAACAGAAUAACUUACAUGUUUCUUGCAUGUAACUUUUAACAGUGUAUGUCUCUUUUACCUGACUUGGAACUUUAAUAUUUUUAUUUUCUAGAGCACAAUUAUACAUUUUUCUAAUAAUUAUAAUAAACCUAAAAAAUAUCCUAUGAA